UUAGGUGCUUUGGUUUUCUUUGUGUGGGUUUUAUGGUUGGCUUCUUUUUAAGAUUAGAGUUCAUGAUGUUGCUGAAAGGGCAGGCAGUGCUGCCUUUGUUUUUAUUAGUAUGGGUCUCUGGAAUUAAUUUUAUAAGUGGAGAAGAAGGUUUCUUAGAGGCCUUGGUAGAUGAUUCUAACCUAACUGUGGAAAAAAUCGGCAGUAAGACAGAUUCUUUCAUUUCUCCUGUGUUGUCUUCUGAUAAAGUAGUUACAAGUUAUGGGUUUGAAGGUGGUGAUAAAGAUGGUUCAGGUCAUCCAUUGUAUCAGGAUUUUGAUGUGCUAGAUGUGGAUGAUAUAAAUGUCCCAAUAAAACGGAAAGAAUUGAAUAUUGGUGUGGUAAGUCAUGGUGUGAAGGUGGUAAAAGCCAUUAAUUUCAAUGAAAAGGUUGUAGCUGGAGGUGAAUUGAGUGAUCCUGUUGUGAAUGCUGAUGUACCCCGUGGAGCUGAUUUAGAGGAGUUUGAACUACUGCAGGAUAGAGAGGACCAUGACAGUGAACACAGUGGUGGUUGGAGUCCUGAGCUGAAGUUUUACCGAAUGAAGUUUAUAGCUCCUUCUGAGCAGGUUUGUCAUGAAGUGGCUGUGUUUCUAUAUGAGAGCAGUUGUGGUCUGAUGUCCAUGUCUGCCCAGUUUUUUGGAUCUCCUGCUGAUCUGAAAGUGAGAUUGAAUUCUUCCUUUGUGCAAGUAACCAGAAUUGCUCACCAAUGCAAGUACAAAAUGGAAAAGAGAACUGGAUCCUUCAUUUUUACAGCAUACAAUGAUGGUUGCAAUGUGCAGAAAAUAAGAGGCUGUUAUGUCCUGACUCUUCUUUGGCAAAAUGAGAAGGUGUCCCUUGCCUGUCCAGCAGGUGAUGUUUCUGUUGGCCUUCCACCGGCUGUGCUCUGCAAUGACACCAGUAUGACUGUUAGGCUCCCUUCAGGGUCUCCUGAUGACCUAAAAGUGAAAGACCACCUCCACUGGGUCCCUGCACGCCACCUUGCUAGGAGAUGCAACUAUGUAUUUUUGAAGGAUGCUUUUGGAAGGAUUUUCUUUACUGUUUCAUACAAAGGCUGCUAUGUGAAGAGAGAGGGGAGCUUCCAUAUCCUGACAGUGAGAUACACCAGUCCCAACCACGAGGAGAAUGUAUUGGACAUGAGGUGCCCAAUACACUAUGGGGAACAUGUGACUACUCCCCAUUCCACUAUCUCCCCAGUGUCUCACCCAAAGGUAUCUUGCCACUCUUCCACUAUGGAUGUGCUUCUACCUGGUGCUGUGCCAGACCAGGUCAAAGUGAAGGACAAAAACCAUCGGGAGGUGGCAGUGCAACCAUUGGCUGAAAGAUGUCACUAUCGCUUGCUGAGGAGUGGCCAUGAUGUGGUGUUUACUGCAAGCUAUAAAUCCUGUCAUGUCCAUAUGGAGGAUAAUCAUUAUAUUCUAAUAGUGGUGUAUAAGCCAAGAAAUCAGCAGCCUGUAGUAGUCCCUAUGAAAUGCCCAAGCUCUCAUUGGGGUACUACAGCUGCAACUGUAACCACAUCACCCAGGAAGCCUAGUCCUCUUUGCAAAGACUCUAGCAUGAGUGUUCUGCUACCUCCAGGCUCCUUAGAUCAGGUUAAAGUUCUAGAUGAGUUCCAUCAUGAAGUUCUAGUCCACACUGCUCCCAAAAUCUGUGGCUACCACUUGCUGAAGAAACCACAUGGGAUCCUCUUCGAAACGCCUUAUCAGGCUUGCCAUGUCCAGACUGUGAAUCAUUACUACACUCUGACUGUUGUCUACAAGCCCACUGUUGGUCCCCAAAUUGUGGUGACCAUGAAAUGUCCUGUGAGAUGGCACCCACCCUUGCUUCUGUCUACACCUAUAAAGCCCUCCACACCUAAGCCACUGCACAUAGCUUGUGGAGCAUCCAGCAUGUCUCUUGAGCUACCUGGUGGCUUACUGGGUCAGGUAAAAGUACUAGAUAAAUCGCAUCACCCAGUCGUGGUCCUGGAUGCUCCCAAGGAAUGCCAGUACCACUUGGUGAAGAGGGGUAAGACUAUUGUCUUCACAGUAGGUUAUAGGAGUUGUCAUGUGCAUACGGAGCAUUCCAGAUAUGUUCUUGUUGUCCUGUAUACACCUGAGAAUGGUGUGCAAGAGCAGGUAACCAUGAAAUGCCCCAUUCAUGCUGUGCCCACAUCCUCCCCUACUGCAACUAGACCACCUGUGUUGUACAGUACCACCUGUAAAGCCUCUAGCAUGACCCUAACUCUACCUGGUGGAUCCUUUAACCAAGUUAACAUAAUGGAUAAAUCCAAUACGAUGGUGGCAGUCAUGGAGCUUCCCACAGGCUGUGGAUAUUCUCUGAAGGCAGACCGGCAUCUACUUCUUACUGUUGGAUAUAAAGCCUGUGAUGUCAGAAUGCAGGAUCACCAUUACACUUUGACUGUCAUCUACCUGAGUGCCACAGGAGAUCGGAUACUACAUAUGAAAUGCCCUGUACAGCAGGCUUCUACAGUCCUCCCUACAAUGCCUGAUGUCCACCCACAUUAUAGUUGUAUGGCUUCUGGCAUGACUGUAGUUUUGCCUUAUGGAUCACUGGAUCAGGUCAAAAUUGUUGGGAAACUGGGUCAAGAAAUUGUAGCAUCAAAAGCUCCCAAGCAUUGUGGUUAUAAGCUAGUGAAAGGAAAAGGAACCAUAACUUUCUCUGCCCCCUACAGCGCAUGUGACAUCCAAGUUGAGAAUCACAACUAUAUCCUGCACCUGAGCUACAAACCGGCUGUUGGAAAUGCAAUGACUGUGAACUUGAGCUGCCCAGUUGGUGAGGAUCACCUCAAAACCACAACUCCUGCAACCAGCACAAGGAAGCAGUCGUUCCCAACAGAGUGCAAGACCUCAAGCAUGGCUGUGGCUUUGCCAGCUGUGUCUCCAAAGGAUGUCCAAGUUGUAGACCAAAGUGGACAUCCUGUGCAUGUGAUCUCUGCCCCCAAAACCUGUGGCUAUGCAUUGGAAAAGAAGGGAGAGAUGUUGGUCUUGACGGCUCUUUAUAAGGCCUGUCAUGUUUCAGUUCAGCAUGGCCAGUAUGUACUUGAGGUGCAGUACAGUUCCGGAAGGGUGAAUCAUUAUCUGACCAUGAUAUGCCCGGUCCCAAGGAUACCACCUCCUACUCUUGCCACUUCCACCCAUUCCCCACCUCUAGUGUCCUGUAAACCCUCAAGCAUGAGUAUCGUGCUACCUGUGGAUUUCCCAGAACAAGUAACCAUCCUUGGGUUGCAUGGUGAUGAGAAGGUGCUGAGCUUUGCCCCCAAAGAGUGUGGCUAUACAGUAGUAAAAUCUAUGGGGAAGAUCACCUUGAUUGCUCUGUAUACAUCCUGUGGAGUUCACAAAAAGGAGAACUUCUUUGUGCUGAAUAUUCACUACUACCCAACUGUUGGCCUCCCAGUAACUGUGCAGAUGAAAUGCCCAGCUAUCCACGUGCACCCAACACCUCCUAGGCUUUCACCUACAGGGUCUGCAGAUCCCAUGGUUGUGUGUCAACCUAUCAGUAUGACUGCAGAGCUGCCAAAGGGGAAACUGGAGGACAUCAAGUUGCUGGAUAAAAUGGGAAGGAUGGUGGCUGUUCAGCAGGCUCCCAAGAAAUGUGGUUACCACCUGGCAGAAGCCAAAAAGAUCUCCUUGUUGAUCCCCUAUAAAGCCUGUGAUGUGAAGAUUAUGGACCACCACUAUAGCCUGGUAGUGGCUUACACACCAACCAAUGGAGUGCAAAGGCGGAUUACUGUCCAAUGCCCAGUUAUUGGAAAGCCACCAUCUCCUCUUGAAGCUGGGGUGUCCUGUGAUGAAGACUGCAUGAGUAUUGACCUUCCUAUGGGGCCUUUGGAUCAAGUGAAAGUAGUGGAUGAAUAUCACAAUGCUGUAACUGUCAAGCAGUCUGUCCAUUGUGGAUACAAUCUGUCUUCCAGUGUUGGGAAGCUCCAUUUCUCAGCCUAUUAUAAGGCUUGCCAUGUGAAGAUCCAAAAUGGCAGCUAUAGUCUGACAGUUCUCUAUACCACCUUUAUGGGAACACAUGGAGAGGUGCAACUGAAGUGUCCUGUUCAUGACCUCAUUUUCCAUCAGGGGUGUGACUUGCCCAGGAAAAGGCAAGUCCAGUGUGGUCCAGCUGGCAUAGCCCCAAGUGUUUGUCAUUCCAAAGGUUGCUGUGUGGAUCCUCAAACCUCCCACUGUUUCUAUCCUAUGGACACAUGCACCAGUGAUGGGCACUUUGUGUUUGCUGUCUAUCGAACUUCCUCCAAACCAGAUGUGGACCCUGGAAGCCUGUAUGUUUCUAAUCACUCAUGUGCACCUGUGAUCUGCACCCCAGAUUUUGCCAUCUUCAAGAUUCCUCUGACUGGGUGUGGUACUCACAGAUUUGUGAUUGGGGAGACUUCCAUCUACUUGGCAGAUGUUUUUGGGAAAAGGUACAAGAAUACUCAAAUGUACGGCCAAAUCCUGAGACAUGCUCCUUACCAUUUGCAAGUGGAAUGCCGUUAUUCCAAAGGGACCCAUGCCAGCACAGGCUACAUGGUGGUGAAUAGUCCAGCUCUGCCAGAGGUGGUGGUUUCUUCUGGAACUGUGGGAGUAGUUCUGAGAAUUGCUAAAGAUGAUGGCUACACCACCUACUUUCCGAACACCCAAGUCCCCCUCAGGUUUUUGUUAGGAAGCAAGAUUCACCUGGAAGUGAAAAUAGUAAACCCACCUACUCCAGAGGUGGUACUGUUGGUGCACUACUGCAUUGCAUAUCCCAGGUCUUCAGAGAAUGUCUGGGUGCUGAUGUACAAUGGCUGUCCAAAUGCCCUGGAUUAUGGCACUGGCCUUCAUCUGAAGGAUCACAACUGGCAGCCUGUGCCAAAGCAUACCAGACGCUUUGAUGUAACAACAUUCCAGUUUAUGAAUGCCAAAGAGAAUCUUCUAGAUGAGGAGAUUUACUUCAUGUGCUCAACAGAGAUUUCUUCACACAAUCAUGUGUUGAAGGCUGCUUUGAUGGAAGACAAAUGGCCGUUCCUCAGUCAGAAUGGGGAAGGCUUUGUGCUGGUAAACCCUGUCCUAGGCAGCUUUGUAUAGAAAGAGCCAUAGCAGACCAUGGAAGCA